AUGUCCAAGUCCUCCUCACGUCUGGGUCGACCCGGAUCAGCGGGGUCUACGAGCCCCAGCUUGAGAAAGGAGCCGCAGGGUAAUCGGUCAUGCAUGCUGCGCAUUGGAGAGAGGCUGAUGAGGGCAGGCAGUGAGGGGAACCUGGUCCAGAGACCCAUACCAGCCCAGAGCCGGAGCCAGGCUUCCUCAACUGGAUUAGGGCAAGGACCUCCAGCCCUGGAGGACAAACCUGCUGAGCAUACAGGAAAUAACUCCUGCAAAGGAAACUUCCCGUCUGGAGUUUCUUCUUCAUUUUCUUCUACUGCUGUAGAUAGCAGCACUGAGCGUCUGCUGCAGAAGAAACCGCACACCAACAGCAGCCUGCUCUGUAAUCCAGACUUUGCCUGUGGUUCAGCUCCACGCUCUCCCAGCACCUUACCUCGGAGCUACAUCACUGCUGCUUGUGCCAGCAGCAGGGACAGCCAGCGGGAUACCCUAAUGAUGCAGCACUCUGUGGAGAGGAAGAAGGAGGUGUUCCUGGACCACCUGAGGCAGAAGUAUCCUCACCAUGCAGCCAUUAUCUUGGGACACCAGGACUGCAUCAGGGAACAGGUGAGGAGUCCACGGUCCACUGAAAGCCCCAUCUGUGCAGGUGUUCUGGGCUUGGUGAGGCAGCAGGACCCUCUGGCUUCAGAGACCAUGUCUGAUGGAGAGGUGCUGCCCCCCACAGUACCCUUUACAAGGGGCUGUAAAGCCAGAUCAAGUCUACCUGUGGGCCGUUCAAGUGGCCAGACCAGAGAGAGGCCACCUGGUGUGUUGUACCUGCAGUAUGGGGAGGAGACAAAGCAGGUCAAGAUGCCGGCGGAUCUCAGCAGUCAGGACGCUGUGGAGGCUCUGUUUGUCACCGCCUUCCCUCAUCAGCUCACCAUGAAGAUGCUGCAGUCUCCAAACGUGGCCAUCUACAUCAAAGACACCGACCGCAACGUCUACUACGACCUGGAGGACAUCAGAAACAUCACAUCCCACUGCUGUCUGAAGGUUUAUCAUAGAGACCCAACACAUGUGUUCAACCGCCAUGCCAGGCCGGCCAUCACAGAGGGCAGGAUCUCCAAAGAGGUGUUGUACAGCAGUCACAGUCCGGUCCAUCGUGGGUCAUCCAGCCGCAGCACCCUGCACAACCUGCAGGGCUCCAUGUCCCCACCCAUGGUGCGCUCCAUGCCCUCGUCUCCCUCCAGGAUGGCGUACAGUGGGGGGAGCUCAGGGGGGAGGACAGGGAUGGGGGAUCCAGGCAGCGCCACGUUACCACGGGAACGCCUGUCAGGGGCGGGGCGAUCCAACUCCCUCUGCAACAGCAGCAGUGCUAUACUGGAGAGGAGAGACGUGAGGCCUGAUGAGGACGCUGGCAGCAGUAAGAGCAUGGCUCUGGUGGUGCGCAGUGAAGGAGGACCACAAUACCCAGACUCCUACUGCUCCUCCCUGCAGGACGGAGGAGGAGGUCGCCUCAGCAUGGCCUCCUCCCAGUGUAGCGCUCCUCCAUCUCUCACUGCAGACAUGGUGGACGCUGGGGUCACUGGGAUCCCAGGGGGGCUGCAGCAGUACCGGGCCUCCAUCAAACCCCUGAUGGGCUACGGAGAGAACCUGGAGCAGCAGACCCGCUUCCUCCACAGGCAGAAGAGCAGGAAGUAUGGAGACAGCCAGCUUCCUCCACUGGGGACCAAAACGCCACCGCCUUCCCCUCACAGAGUCAAUGAGGUCAGGUUGAUUGAGGGACAGAUCAUCGGAGGGGUGGGCCUGGUGUCUCCAGAGAGGAUGUCACCGAUUCGCCGGUCCCUGCGGCGGGACAGUAACGGAGCCACGGUGGAGAUCGUGAACAGAAGCAGAGGAAGUGGCUCUUCAUCCUCUACCUCUUCUGUCUUUGUGGAUAGCCCGCUGGGACAGCCUGAGAGACUGUUUGCCGGACAUGUGACUGCCAGCAACCCCCAGAGUGAGAGGAUGAAAGCCAUGGAGGAGCAGAUAGCCAGUCUAGCAGGUCUGGUGCACAGUGCUCUGUCUAUGGGUCCAGAUGUACCAGGAGUCAAGGACACUGUCAGUGUGAAUACAGAACACAAACUCCUCAACAACAGAGCUGGAGUGUUAUCUGAGCCUCAGGUCCCAGCUGCUGUGAUUGACAGCUUCAGCCCCGCCCCCCUGGCGCUCCAGGCCCCUCCCUCUGGCAGUGGGCUGCAGCAGAGCUUGGUGUUAGCAAAGAGAAAUGUGUGUGAUCUGCGGCUGCAACUCAACCACCUCAGACACUUACAGCUGUCAAACCAGGAGAGCGUGACAUCAAUGCUGCGGAUGGCAGGUCAGGAGCUGGUGGUGCUGAUGUACGAUCGGCUGGCUCAGUCUGAGGAGGUGGUCUACAGACGGAGAGCUGGGAUGGAGGAGGAGAGGAUCCACUACCUGGCUACAGAGGAGAGAAUACUCACACAGCUCCGUGGACUGGAGCAAUAUGUGGACCGUUUGCAGCGUAGCUCCGCCUCCAGUCCCGACCAGCUGUCAAUCACUCUGAGAGACGUGGAGGAGGGAGCAGUCAACCUGCGGAGGGUUGGAGAAGCUCUGGCCAUCCUUAAAGGUGAGUUUCCAGAGCUGCAGGGGAAGAUGCGCUCAGUCCUGAGGCUGGAGGUGGAGGCGGUGCGUUUCCUGAAGGAGGAGCCUCAUAAGAUGGACUCCAUGCUGAAGAAGGUCAAAGCCCUGACUGAAGCCCUCAGUUGUCUCCGCAGGUGCUCACCUCCUCUGCCCACCCCCUCUCUCUGCGGGGGUCAGGCUGAGGUCAGCCUGACGGGCUCAGCGUCCCCCAUCAUGGCCCGCAGAAUGAACACAGCCGCCACAGUGAUCCAGCCCUCCCACCACCCCAACCCCCCACUGAACGCCACCCACGGACGAGACUCACCCACUGUGGCCAAGGUGAGUCCUCGCAGCAGAGAGGGCAGCCCUGCCCUGCAGAGGAGACAGGGCCCUCUGACGUCACCAACACAGGAGAGCCACGCUGACCCCUGCCCCAUGAAACAGACUACAGAGAGACAAACUCCAGAGGGCGGUCUGGGUGUACAGACCAGCAGUAUGAACCAGACCAGCACCAGCCAGGCCAACCUGCCAGCCAGCCUUGUCUCUGGUCGGCCUCCAUCCCCCAACACCAACACAGACUUUGACCGGGUCCUCCAGGACUCCCAGGGCAGCCUGAUGAAGACCAUCACUCGUCUGAAUGUGUCAGAUACCAGAGAGGGUUGCUCUGCAUCAACGUCAGAGCGGGAUACAACUCCGGACCUUACCCUGCAAGCAUCAGCAGAGGAACAGGCACGUCCGUCUGAUUCCCAAGAAGACACGACCCCCCAGCUGAGUGAGGUUGACUCCACCCAGUUAAAGUCCUCAGAUACAGCAGCCUCACAGCUUCCUCUGGAGCCUCCUCCAUCAGCUUCUCCCUCAGCUCCUCCAUCAGUUGCUCCUUCCUCCGCUUCUCCAUCAGCUGCUCCUCUCUCAGCUUCUCCAUCAGCUGCUCCUACCUCAGCUUCUCCCAGCACAGAGCGCAUUAGCCGGCCACGGUUGGAAAAACCCCGCCGCACCAGUGUGGAUAAGGAGAUGAAGCAGAGUCCGGAAAGGGCCGGCAAGUCUCCUCCCCCUCCUCCUCCUCCACGAAGGUUUAAUGCUGUCAGUUUGGGUCUAACUACUGGAAGGUCAGGAGAGGUGAUUUUCACCACCAGGAAAGAGCCGCUUGGAGCCCAGGAUGAGGGUGAGAAAGAGAAAGAGCAGCCGUUGGUUCCUCAGCCCAAACCCCCAAGACAGCCUCCAGAGCUCAAACCCAAACCACAGAUGGGUUUUCCUGCACCUCUGGCUGGUUCCACCUCCACCCAUUCUACAGCCUCAGCACACAGGGAGGAUGUGGAAGAAGAAGAGGAGGACAACAAAUUCAUGAAAGAGCUGCAGGUGACUACAAUACUGUCAAAUAAGAAUAAUUUACCAGGUGGAAAUAAGCAAUGGAAAGGAGAAGUGAGGACAUCUCAAACAUCAAAGGUGGUCAAUCAGAAGCCUUCUGAUCUAGCAACAUCCGACUACCAGUCAGCCCAGCAGACUGGAAUUACAGAUGGAUGCCCUAAUAAACUCAUAACAGCAACCAGACUGGAAGAACACAUUGAAGUUUGGAAAGUCAAUGUUAAAUCGAAUAAGAAGAAGGACACAGAAGAGAAUCUGGUUAAACAGGUGCCUUCCUUAAACUGUGCAACAGUAGAGAAGGUGGAGGUACCACCACCUGCAGCUUUACAAGAUGUUCAGACUGUCCAGAAGAAUGAGGAGAUUCCAACAACAACCCAAAGGAAAACUGAGAAGAUGGAGGUACUUAGAGUUUCAACUGUUUCAAAAAAAGAUCUUUCUGUGAAAAGUCCUGAUCAGAUUAACAAGGAGGUAGUUGAACAGUUGUGCUCCCCAACCUCAGCAGAAAAGAAGAUCAAGUGUACAACAAUUGUUACCCUACAAAAAGAAAAUAUUAAUGCGUCAGACAUCACAAGUCCUGACCAGGCUAAUGACAAAGUUGAUAACGAGGUACCAACUGAGAAGAAGUCAAAUUUGACGGUAGUAUUAACUUUACAAAAAGAAAACUCCCUGGAGGACAGGGUGAUAGAGUUCCAGAAGGAUAAGUCCCUGAGCUCAGAUCAGGAGUGUUUAGCUUCUUCUCCGGUCCUAAAACCUUCACCCAGCUUGACUUACAGCCACAGCAGCAAGCAGCAGAACCAGGAGGCAACAGCGCAUGUAUCCAGGGACCAAUCACAAUACACAGUAGAAGGAAGUAGCCUGAGCCCCGAGAUUUUGGACAAUGAGGGACCUCCUCCCCCACCACCUCCGAUUGGUAAAAUCAGCCUUAAAAUCUCCAAGACCAGGAGUCCAAGAAUCAGGACACAGUCCAGAGAGGAAGACCUUGAUGAAAUGAGUAGAUCUCACAUACAGACUGCAGAUGGGGACGACAGCACUGGUGAACCCACUUAUCAGACACAUGAUAACCAAGGUUUCCAGAACUUUGAUGACUAUGAUAAGAAACCUAUUAUCGUUAUCUUGAAUGAGCCUAUGGACAUACAGGCAGCCUACAAGCGCCUGUCUACCAUCUUAGAAUGCGAGGAAGAUCUUGAUGGGAUUCUCUCUCCAGAAAAUAUUGUGGAUGAAGAGGAGACAAAACAGGAAAAAGAGAAACAGAAUGUGAGAAAAAUGUGCAUUACUGAAAUAAAUACAGGGUUAGACAGGCUAACCCUCAUAGGGCCUCAUAAUGUCUCAAUUCCCCAAAACCAAGACCAGGGUAAACUAGACUCGCUGAGACAGCCAGAGACCAAAAGGAAAUUCAAAUUUAAAUUCCCCAAAAACAAACUGGCUGCAAUUAGCCAGGCCAUUCGUACAGGGACGACCAAAUCAGGAAAGAAGACUCUCAAGGUUGUUGUCUAUGAGGAAGAGGAGAGGAAAGCAUCGGACAGCCGGCCAUUGAAGGAGACUGAGAAGCAGGUCUCCCCUUCCAUUGAUACCAGACACUCAAAGUCACAAAGCCGAGUAGAGGAGCUCUGCAGGAGUACGGUUGACUCUAUUGACAGUCUAGAAGAGUCUAUUACACAGUCGGAAAUCAGUGUGGACAGUAUGUCUGGCCCUUCUUCUCCCUCCAGCAUUGUGUCCUCACCUCCUCAGUCCCCUGAUUCCUCCUUUGACUCCAGUGAUAGAGCUCAGCCUAAAGGCAAAGUCAAACGAGAGAGGGCGAGAAGCCCGUCCAAGAGGCCAGCGUCUCAGAUCCUCAAGAGCCCAAAUCCACCUCAGAGUAAGAGGGCCAAGCCACAACCUCCAUACGACUCAGGGAAAACCUCCACCAAGAAACAGACCUCCAGCAGCAACUUCAGCUCUUCUGUCCAGCAAUCCCACACCAAAUCUGGCCACUCGUCUUCCUCUAGCUCACCAGAGAUGACACCUAAGGGCCAGCAGCAGGCCUCCCAGAAGCAGCCCAGCCAGGCUGACAGCAGAAGCAGUAGAGCAGCCGGGGAUAGUUCUGUCGUUGCUUUGCGUGCCUCUAAGAUCCCAGCCUUGAGCCAUAGCUCUGGGAAACACCCGUCUGCCUCUCUGUCCACUCCUCACUGCUCAGACACCACCGAUAGCUUCCAAAACCUCUCCUCCUCCUCCUCCUCCUCCUCGUCCUCCUCCUCCGCCUCCUCCUCUGCGUCUUCACCUUCAGCUUCUUCCACCUCCUCCUCAGGGAAACAAUAUAUUCUGUCUCCCCCUGCGUGUCCUUCCCGCCCGUCUUGUCCUUCCUUGGCCCAGCGUUCAAGGCAACAGGAUCUAUUGUGUCCUCUCUCCUCUUCCUCCUUGGUGAAAAACUCUUCCUCCGUUUCUCUGUCAGACUCCCCACCUCGCUCCCCCUCUCCUUCCUUGCCUUCAUUUUCUUUCUCCAGUCCUCCUCCUCACAAGUCUUUUAUCCCGUCUCUGAAUCUGAGUCAUCUCCUCCCCUCAUCUAGCCAGGUCUUGUCGUCAUCCCACGCUAACGUCAGCCCGGCCCAACACGGGCCUCGCAGCAGCAGCAAACGCCAGCACCGCCUCGUCCUCACCUCCACCUCCACCUCCACUGCCACCCACCCACACAGCUACUACUCCUCAUCCUCACCCUCCUCCUCCUCUCUGUCCCCCACCUCCUCUUCCUCUUCCCCUCCUUCCCCGUCCUCCUCCCUCCUCCCCACCAUGGUGAGUCAUGGGGCGAGGAGUAUCCAAAUGUCAGCUUCCAACCCCAGCUCACCGGGCCGUGGCAAGAAACGCAGCGGAAGCCAAGCUGGCCGGGUCCUGCGCGCGACGGCAACAGCCUCAAAGGACGCAGCAUGA